GGGAGGAGGCUACAGGCUGCUCUGAGCACCACUUGGAGAGAAAAGACUGUAAGAGGAGGAGUGACGGAGGAAAAAAGGGGAGUAUCCAUUCUUCUCUCAGCCUCUGUGCUACUGCAGCCCCCCUCCCUCUCACUCUUCGGAUCUUUUUCUUUCCCUUUUUUCCUUACUCAUCCGUUUCUGUAGCUGCACUGACAGGAAGGGCACCUGCCGCUCUCUGAUGAUUCAGCCUUUAAACUGCGUGGAGCACUUUGGACACGACAGCAUGUUCCUCUUGCCACUGCAGUGCUCUGCCAUCCUGUCCUUGACGAUACAGUUGCUGCAGCUGGCCCAUCUAGUCGACACCGCCCCUUCUCCUUCUGCUGCUAAAGUGUUCAGAUAAUCCGACUAUCAUAAAAUCACAUUAUUGCAGUUAUUUGUAAGAGUGUGCAAAGUACCCUUUGCUUGUGGACACGGGCCAUCUCUGUAUGUCUGAACUGCUGUCAAGCUUUUACUCUCUGAAGGACAUUUGAUUUUUUUUUUUCCCAUCCCUUGAAUUCGACACUCUGACUCUGCAGCCUCAUGUUGGAAAACAUACUCCGGGUGGCGGGCAGCAACUGUGUAAUCCUCUGUUUUAAUAGGUGAAACGUUCAAAAAUAAUUAUUCAAGCAGUCCAAAAGGAUGACUGAGGGAGUGGAGGACUCCUCUGCGGGGCCAAUUCCUUCUCCUGGAACAGUCUCUCCCACUGGCCCUCCUGAUGCAGGACUAGUCCCAGAGGAGAAACCAGAGGAGAAAGCAGAGGAGAAACCAGAGGAGAAACCAGAGGAGAAACCAGAGGAGAAACCAGAGGAGACGGAGGCAGCUGGCGAGAGUGGGGAUGAGGAUGUAAAGGGGCUUCCAGAGGAAGGUGGUGGUGAUGGUGAUGAGGAGCAUGAAGGCGAUUUGGAAAACGGGGCCUUGCCAGCAACCUGCUGUGUGUGCAUCGAGAUGGGACAGAUAAACCAGUGCCUGCGAUCUGAAAAAAUCUGCAUUCUGCCCAUCCUAGCCUGUCUGCUUAGCUUAGCCCUUUGCACAGCUGGACUCAAAUGGGUGUUUGUGGAUAAGAUUUUUGAGUAUGAACCACCCACUCACUUAGAUCCCAAACCCAUCGGACAGGACCAGUUUGUUAUAUCAAUUAACCCCACGCUUGGAAUUACUGUGUCAAUUCCUCAUUCAGCUCCCUCUUCGGUUUCACUUACCACAACCAUCGCCAUUACAUCAGGACAUCCGGAGGGUUUUGUGAAUGAAAAAUCUACAACUGGGAAAUUUGUGCCUCAGUCUCCACAAGUGACAUAUCCUUCUGUUACGCUCAAAUACAACACUGAACGAUCUACAGGUCCAAAGCAAAGUCCCCACCCUCAGACAACGCAGGAGAUAAACAACAUAAUCCAAACCCUUUCUACCACCAGCACCUCCACGACAUCGAGAACCUCCAGUCAUAUCAUGCGUUGCAGUGACAGCCAGAAGAACUUUUGUGUUAAUGGAGGAGAGUGCUUCACACUUGAAAUCACACCUGGAAGUACAAAGUUUCUAUGCAGGUGCUUGGCGGGAUUCACUGGGCACCGAUGUGAACAAGCUGUGCUUAAGAAAGUCUCAGACCCAAAACAAGCUGAGGAGUUGUAUCAGAAACGCAUUUUAACUAUAUCAGGAAUCUGCAUAGCACUCCUAGUGGUUGGGAUCAUGUGCGUGGUUGCCUACUGCAAAACAAAAAAGCAGAGGAAGAAACUUCAUGAUCGCUUGAGGCAGAGCAAGAAAAACAAGAGAAAGAACAACACCAGUACUGGGACUUGCUCAAACCCGAAAGGUUCUGCUGUAGCACACUCAACUUCUAACGUGCCUCUUCAAGAUUUGAACAUUGUCAGUCCAAGUAAUGGGUCAGCGAUGCAGCAGGCAGCCGAAGAGACAGAAACAACCUUCCCCACAAGUAACUACGCUGCUGCAAAUCAACCAACCACACUUACCAACAUCUCCAGCCAAAGAUUCACAUCUGCCAUGAGAAGCCCGACUCAGCUAUCACCAGACUCAAAGACUGUUCCUACAACUCCAGGCUCUCCUCUAUCAGAGACCUCGGCCCCCCUUUCCAGUCUGGCAGUCUCUGUGCCUUCAGUGGCUCUAAGUCCCUCCGUAGAGGAGGAGCGCCCUUUACUGCUAUCUAAAAAGAAGAAUCAGUCUCAUCUGUCCUCAAGGCUAGAUGAACAGAAAAGAAGCUUUUGCCACUACAAUCAUGUGGCUCAUAGCUUACCUCCUAGCCCAGCACUUACUGCGAAGAAUGUUAAAUACGGUGUCACAGGUGAGCAUGACACCGCAGCUGUCAGCCAGAGUGUCUCAGCAAUACCUGAGAGACUGAAUGAUCAGAUCAACAACACAAGUAACUCAACCACCAAAGUAGCCGCAUGCUAUGUGCUGCAUUACAAGGAAUCCAGUGGUGACAGCAUGCUGUUUAGUGAAACAGAGGACCUUCAGGAAGGACACUCAGCCUUCAUUAAUGCAGGCAGCACUACAGCCCUUUGGGAUAUGGCGAGCAGUAGGACUAACCCAGCAUCAUCCAACAGUGGCCUGCAAGUAAGAUAUCACAAUCCCGUUUCUGUGUAGAGUAAAGGAAACAGCUUAGGAUCCUUUCUGUUUGACAAAGAAAACAGCACUAUUAAAGUGUUACUUUUGACAAAUGAACUGCUGUGUAAAGCCAUUUAAACAAAAACUAGAAAUCAAACUUAUUUUAGUGACGUAGAAAACAAAGAGUUUUACAAAACAAACAAAUGUACAAAUGUGUUCAUGUGUUGCAGGUAAAGUGCCAUAUGGUAGUACAUAGCAAAGGUUUCUGCAAAGGUGCCUUUUCUGUUUUGUAUGCCUCAGAGGGAAUACCGUUGCAUCACUGUUCUAAUUUUUUCUAGAUGCAUGCUGUCCAUACAUGCUUUGAUGGAAUAAAGAAAAUGCUGCAGUUUCAGUUCCAACCAUUUGCUUUUGACAGAAUGCAUCCCAGAACUUCUGCACCUGGACUGACGCUCACUAGAAACAUGGCUCAUUACCUGCAUUCAGUGGGAAGUAGAAAAGAUAUCAGAGAUUGUUUUGUUUUUCUCAGGCACUGUACCACACUAGAGUGGACCUGUUUGUCCACUAACAUCAUCACUCAAUUAAUAUAACUGUGGUAUAAAUGUGCUUUCAAUAAAACCAACUUCUAGCUGUUACUGAUGCUCUCACCUAUGUACUCAAUAUAAACACGUAGUUUGGGGGUUUUGACCUGCACAUGUCAGGAUUACGAGGAUAAGUUGCACUAUCAAAAAAAACAGUUCUAAAGGUUUCUAUAGCUGUGCAGAAAAUGGCCAGAUGUGAAAGUUUUUACAGUCUGUGAACCUGUCACUCCUGAUCGUGAUGCGAGUUCGACCAGCUUUUUAGUGCUAUGACAUGAUGAUCAGCAAGUGUGCCAACGUGUGAAGACCAUAGCAGUGGCUGAACACUGACGCUGAGUAAACCUGCUGGUAUGAGUCGCUUCCUGUUCCUGUACGCUGCACACACAAACGUCUGUUCAUGUUGGUUUUAUGUUGGAAACAGUAAAAGUGUGUUCAUGACCCCAGCAUAAGUCAAGUUCAAAACAAUCUUUGAAGUAUAAUUUUUCAAAGAUUGUUGCAUUUCUGUAGUUCAGAAACUGAGAGGCUCCUUCAUGGAGACAACUACUGAUCACGGUGCGAAAAGGUGAAUGCAAGGACAGCUGGCUGGAAUGAAGGCGGUCUUUUACAUGUGGCUUACAUACUCAGAGUAAUAUAUGCAUUAUAUUUUGCUGCUUUCAGUCACAAAUCGUAUACUUUUCUAAAUCUAACUCCUCACUAACUCCAGAAGCUGCUUGCACUUUUUAAAUGCUCUAGUUUAUGUUCAUGUGUGCGGUGUCAUUGUACGUGUGAUUUCAAACAAGAAUAAAAACAAACCUUAAACUCAA